AUUUCCAACUGAAUUUUUUACCACUGCUUUAUCUGCUUUUAGCUGUGGCUGCAGCAUGACAUUUAUCAUGAAUGCUUAUGAUUGAGGUAAUAGAGCACUAAAAAGAAAAGAAACAAGUAAAAAGAUUUGUAUCUAAGGUCAGCAAAAACAAUCUACCUGCGAACAUACGUUAACAGUUAGUACUUGAGUGUUUUCUGCAAUGUUUGUCGAAAAGAUGGACGCCAUGAUCCUACGACCCAUGAAUUGCCCGGCCAAUCAAGAACCAGGCUGCCGACCAUGCUGGGGCGGAACAUGUGAAAGUUUAAGCAAUUAUCAACAGUUGUCCUGCAAAGGUCAAUGUAAUCCCGGUUGUGUCUGCAAGAAAGACCAUUACCUCCAGAAUAACCAGUGUGUCCACGUGUCCGAGUGCAACGUUCAGUGCCCGGCAAACAUGGUGUUUAACCCCUGUGUGAAGAAGACCAUCACCUGUAAAACACUAAACAGUGGUGCGGUGGAGUACGAUGAGUGUGAACCUCGCUGCGAGUGUGUAGAGGGUUAUAUAUUCUCCGGUGAGAAGCCCCAGGACUGUGUCAAGAUGAGCGAAUGUCAGAACCAGACAAAUGCCUCUUAAGGUGGAAUAAGAUG